AUGACUAUCAAUUACCAUGCAUCGAUUCGAACUUCUCAUCCGCUUCGUUUCUAUCGUUUACUCUUUUUUUCAUGGAAGGCCAGCCUUUGGAAAGCGGUUUUUGCGCAGCUUCUUGUAUGGCUUCUCGUCUACCAUAUCAUUUCUUUCAUUUACCGUUUCGCGCUUGAUGACGGGCAAAAGCGCGAUUUCGAGAGGGUCGUCUUCUUUCUCAAGGAUCGAAUGAGCUAUCUGCCACUAGAAUUCCUCAUGGGUUUCUUCGUGACAAUCAUUUUCAAUCGCUGGAAUACUCUUUACUUGAAUAUUGGAUUCAUUGACAAUAUCGGUUUAAUGACAGCCGAGUACGUUCGCGGACACAACGAGUUAGGGAGACGUUUUCGACGGAAUAUCCUACGCUACUCAGAAGUCGGUCAGAUCAUGCUUUUUCGAGAUAUUUCAAUGAGAGUAAGAAGAAGAUUCCCGACAUUGGACUCUGUCGUGGCUGCUGGCUUUCUUCUACCCGACGAGAAAAAGCAACUUGAAGAAUACUCGGAUAAAGGAGAGAACGCGAUGCAAUGGGUGCCUUUCAGAUGGGCACUCGAGCUAUGCCAUGAGGCACGUAAACUUGGGUUGAUCGAGAGUGACUACUAUCAAACGGUUGUGCUUAAUGAGAUUCGCACCUUCCGCACGAAUAUGGAAUGGCUACGGAACUACGAUUGGACACCGUUUCCUUUGAUCUAUCCAACGGUCGUUUUCUUCAUGGUCCAUAUGCAUUUCACUGUUGCACUCAUCUCGCGGCAGCUUACCUUUCAGGAUGCUGAUGGAAAAGAAUUGCUUGACGUCUACUUUCCGUAUAUGGAGACGCUGGAGUUCAUUUUCUACAUGGGAUGGCUGAAAGUAGCUGAAACGAUCAUAAACCCGUUCGGCGAAGAUGAUGACGAUUUUGAGGGAAACGCGCUCAUUGACAGGAAUAUUACCAUGGGUUUAAUGAUUGUCGAUCGAGCUUUCGAUAAUCCGCCUGAGUUGAGGAAGGAUCAAUUCUGGAAUGAUCAGGAACCCCGAUUGCUGUACACAGAGGAAUCGGCGAGACUGCCACAGACACGUUUUGAGGGAUCUGUGUCACAUAUAAAUUUGGUGAACUUUGGCCAUAAAGUUCAUAUGAUGCCAAGAGCUUUCUCAGUGGAUCAACUGAAUGAAUGGACUGAAACGACAAUGAAUGGACUCGAGAACAAGAUCAGAAGGAAUACGGCUGAUAUUUUGAAUGAAGAGAGCCGUAAAGAGUCGAGUAAAUCGAUCGACAAUCACCCGACCGGCUGGCAGAGAGUUCUCUCUUGGAGGAAAUCUUUCCGACCGAUUUUCCGACUUGGCACCAAUGCAGUUGCCGAUCAAAACGAUUCAAAGCGAAACAACCAAGGCGAGGUUUUCGUCGUGGACAUUCACGAGAACGGAAAAAUUCGUCCAAUGAAACCACUU